AUGGCUCUCUGGGUGGACAAAUAUCGACCGGCUCAACUCAAUGACCUGUCUUAUCAUAGCGACUUGACGGACCGUUUCCGCGAAAUUGUGUCGACUGAUGACUUCCCACAUCUACUCGUUUAUGGGCCCAACGGAGCUGGCAAGUCAACGAGGGUGCGCUGUAUUUUAAAGGAAUUAUAUGGUGCUGGAGCUGGGCGAUUGCGCUUGGAGACGCGUGGAUUCACGACAGCGAGCGGGAAGAAACUGGAAAUUCAAACGAUUAGCAGCAAUUAUCACAUCGAGUUGACGCCUGGGGAUGUUGGAGUGCACGAUCGAAUCAUCGUCCAAGAGGUUAUCAAGCAAAUGGCUCAAACUCAUCAGCUUAACGAGAAAGCGCAAAAAGGAUUCAAAGUUGUCGUUCUCAGAGAAGUUGACUCGUUGACUCGUGAUGCUCAACACGCUCUUCGGCGCACAAUGGAAGCCUAUUCAGGAAAUUGCCGCCUAAUCCUUGUGUGCGAAUCGCUUUCAAGAGUUCUCGAUCCACUUCGAUCCCGUUGUAUGAUGCUCCGAGUUCCAGCCCCAACAGAUGCCGAGGUAUUUUGCGAUGCCAGG